UUCCUGGCUCAGAGACAGAAGGAGAGGGAGAGAAAACGUAAGGAAGACAGAAAGAGACACACGUACACAUAGAAAAUAUCCAGUGACAUAACAUUGUGCGUGCUGUGAAGGAAAAGUCAGGAGAGAAAGAGGCUGAGAGCCAGGCACAGAUCCAAUGUUACAGUGCUGGGCACACUGACUUUUCCCAACUAUGUUUUGUGUGUUGAAAAAUGCAACAAGAAAAAAAACAAUAUCCGCUCGUUUCCUGCAAGCCAUCAAGUGACAGAUUUCCUCUGGAGCCAGAAGCAGUUAAACAAGAAGCUUGCAGGAAACUGAGAAAAACUUGGGGUUGUCUUAAUAUUUAUAUACAGUAUAUACAUAUAUAGAGAGAGAUCUAUGUAAGUGAACAUUACUUAUUAAUCUCUUAUUUUAAUUGAAUUCUGUUUCUUUGGUUGCUUUUGUUUUGUUCCCUCCCGAAUACUCAUGGAGUCAUAGAAUCCUACAGCUCAAAAGGGGGGCAUUUGGCCCAUCGUGCCUAUGCCGGCUCUUUGAAAGAGCUACAACUAGUCCCGCUCCGCCCGCUCUUACCCUGCGAUAGCCCUGAAAAUUCUUCCUCUUUAAGUAUCUAUUGAAUUCCGAGUGAGAAAGGAAAAAAGAAGUGAGAGAAACAAAAUCAACAGAAAAAGAUUCAAAUUGAUUCUUUUGCCCUCUUGAUCAUGCUGUGAGGAUGUCGGUGUCUAAACUCAAUCUGUCGAAUGGAUUGCCUCUGGAGGACAGCAGGAUGGAGAGUGAAUUAAGUCGGACUCUCAGACACAUGGAGCUGGGCACUCUGAUGGCUGUUUAUUACCAGAAAAAGUCCCAGCGACCAGACAGAAAGACCAUUCAGGUGAAACUGCAGACUCGCCAAGUGAUCUGGUUUAAGACCAGCGACAAGAUCGAAGGAGAGAUUGAUAUCCGGGAGAUUAAAGAGAUCCGGCCUGGGAAAAAUUCCAGAGAUUUUGAACGUUAUCCGGACGAAGCUCGCAAGCUGGACCCUGACCUGUGUCUUGUCAUCUUAUAUGGGAUGGAAUUCCGACUCAAAUCCCUCAGCCUCUCAGCUUCCUGUGAAGAUGACGUGAGCCUUUGGAUUUCGGGUCUGAAUUGGCUCGUGCAGGACACACAAAGCUCCGCCACCCCCCUUCAGGUGGAGAGGUGGCUCCGGAAACAGUUUGAUCAGAUGGACAGAAACAGAGAAGGCAGGUGUCUGUGUGUAGAUGUCUAUGUGUUUGAUAUCCGGGAGAUUAAAGAGAUCCGGCCUGGGAAAAAUUCCAGAGAUUUUGAACGUUAUCCGGACGAAGCUCGCAAGCUGGACCCUGACCUGUGUCUUGUCAUCUUAUAUGGGAUGGAAUUCCGACUCAAAUCCCUCAGCCUCUCAGCUUCCUGUGAAGAUGACGUGAGCCUUUGGAUUUCGGGUCUGAAUUGGCUCGUGCAGGACACACAAAGCUCCGCCACCCCCCUUCAGGUGGAGAGGUGGCUCCGGAAACAGUUUGAUCAGAUGGACAGAAACAGAGAAGGCAGGCGGUCAGGUCAAGUGCAGCAUUGCCGGAUGCACUCGAGGCAGGAGGCCGGCAGCACAAAGUUCUACCUGACGGACAACCUGGUGUUUGACAGCCUGUUCUCCCUGGUCAGCCAUUACCGGCAACUUCCUCUCCGCUCGAACCAGUUUGAGAUGAAACUCACGGACCCUGUGCCGCAGCCCAACGCUCACGAGAGCAAAGAAUGGUACCACGCCAGCCUGACACGUCUACAGGCCGAGCACAUGCUGAUGAGGGUUCCACGGGAUGGAGCCUUCCUUGUGCGUAAACGCAGUGAACCCGGGUCCUACGCCAUCUCCUUCCGGGCGGAGGGGAAGAUUAAGCACUGUCGGGUGCAGAAGGCCGGGCAGCUGUUCACACUCGGCAGCUCAGCGGAGUUUGAGAGUCUGGAGGAUCUGGUGACCUAUCACAGUGCCCACCCCCUGUACCGCAGGAUGGUGCUGCGCUACCCCAUCAACCAGGAGACCCUCAGCAAGAUGGGCACCACCGAGCUGGACUAUGGGGCACUGUAUGAGGUGCGGACAGCUCACUUUUAUGUCGAAGCCAACAAGAUGCCAACAGCACGGUGCACAGUUAAGGCGCUGUACGACUACAAAGCUCAGAGAGAGGACGAGUUAUCCUUCUGUAAACAGGCAUUAAUCCACAACAUUGAGAAACAGGACGGGGGCUGGUGGAGGGGAGAUUACGGAGGUAAAAAACAGUUGUGGUUUCCUGCUAAUUACGUGGAGGAGAGAAGCCCCACUCCCGAACAGGACCAGACGUCGGUGGAAAACAGCCCCUUGGGAAGCUUCCUGAAGGGAUUUAUUGACGUCCCCACAUGUCACGUAGUGAUCCAGAAGGAAGGCAGAGAGAACAGGCCGUUCGUGUUCACCAUCCACUCUCAGCAGAUGUCGAGGUCGAUCCAGAUGUUAGACGUGGCGUGUGACAGUCAGGAGGAGCUCAGUGACUGGGUGGCCAAGAUCCGGGAGGCCACGCAGAACGCUGAUGCCAGGAUGCAGGAGGGGAAGAUUAUGGAACGCAGGAAGAAGAUUGCUCUGGAGCUGUCGGAGCUGGUUAUUUACUGCCGCCCGGUGCCUUUCGAUGAGGAAAAGAUCGGCACAGACAAGGCGUGUUGCCGCGACAUGUCCUCCUUCCCGGAGACCAAGGCGGAGAAAUACGCGAACCGGACACGAGGCAAGCGGUUCCUGCUGUAUAACCAGCGGCAGCUCAGCCGUGUCUACCCCAAAGGCCAACGCCUCGACUCCUCCAACUACGAUCCUCUGCCCAUGUGGGGCUGCGGCAGCCAACUAGUGGCUCUCAACUUCCAGACACCAGACAAACCAAUGCAGCUGAACCAAACCAUCUUCAGUAUGAACGGGAAGUGUGGCAUUGUACUCCAGCCGGAGAUCAUGAGGGACGAGAACUUUGAUCCGUUCGACAAGAACUCCCUGAGGGGACUCGAACCCAUCACUGUGCAACUCCAGAUCCUGGGAGCCCGGCACCUGCCCAAGAAUGGCCGGAGCAUCGUUUGCCCCUUCGUGGAGGUGGAGGUGUGCGGAGCCGAGUACGACAACAGCAAGUUCAAGACCGAGGUGGUGGCGGAUAAUGGCCUGGCUCCUGUCUGGCUGUGUAAGCAGCUGGUGUUUGACAUCAGUAACCCCACCUUCACCUUCCUGAGGUUCAGUGUUUAUGACGAGGACAUGUUCAGUGACCCCAACUUCCUGGCUCAGGCCACCUAUCCCGUCACUGGCCUCAAGACAGGCUACAGGUCCGUCCCUCUCAAAAACAGCUACAGUGAGGAACUGGAACUGGCCUCCCUGCUGGUCCACAUUGAGAUUGUCAACGCUAAGGAGGAAGACGAGGAGAACCUUUACUCCUCUAUCCAGCGGCUGAGGGAGAGGACGAUUGAGCUGACGAGCCAAGUGAGCGGCUGUGACCGGGGCAGCAGCUCCGACCCCCGACACCAACAGAGACUGGAGGAGCUUCGGGCAGCGCAGGAGCAGCUGACAGAACUGACUGAGGCUCGGAGCCACAGGCUGAUGGAGAAAAAGAAGAGAGACCGACUCCGGCAGCAAAUGCUGAACAAGCGGAGUUGAGGAGCUGGUGAGAGCCUGAGCCAGACACUCCUCGUUCCCCACCGGCCUCGCUGUCCAGGGCCUUGGGACAUCCUCCCAACAUGAUAAGGCGCUAUAUCCAAUGCAAGGAUUAUUAUUAUUAUUAUUGAAUGUCACGGCUUGCUACACAUUGUGGAAACGGAGAUAACCGCCCACACGCAUGACCCCCAGCACCUGCCGUCCUCCCACUGAGAUCAUAAGAUCAGUUCAGAUAAAAAAGACCUUUUGGCCCAUUCGAUGUCCUCCCUCCUGAUCCCCAGCCUCCUGCCCCCCCAUCGCAGCAGCCAGCUGCUUUUUAAACAAGUCCAAGUGUCCUGGCCCCUCACCCACCCUUCUCUUGUGAAACUUUUUUAUAAUUAAGUUAGGGUAACCACAUUUUGUAAACCAAAUCUGGACACACACACACGACAGUACAAUACUGGAGAAGCUUGUUGGAUUAUUAUUAAACCCUUUUAUUGUUACACUAGUGGAGUCCUGUACCGUAGUGGUUAGAGCACUCACCUCGAAGCAAAGGGACCCAGGUUCAAUUCCCAGGAGGGGCGAAACCUUAGACAAGUUUCCUUACUCCACACGUCUCGGUUUAAGUGCUCCAGGACACUACCCAGGAGUGAAGGCCGCUAUAAAAUGCAAGUUGUUGAUGUUGUUGAUGUUUCACAAGCAGUAAGUAGGAGCCCGGAUUACUUUCCAGGGGCAAUAAUAAUUAUCCUCCCAUUUGAUACAGCGCCUUAUCACGUCUUCGAGAAGUCUCAAAGCUCUUCACAGAAUGUACUGUAAAGUGGAUUGACUGAAUAUUUUGUCGGUGAAACCCAGCAGCAAAUUGCGUACAGCAGCGUUCCACACACAGUCAUGGAUUGAGUGACAAAAUUAUUAUUAUUUAUGUUAUUUUGAAGGAAUUAUGUAGAGUCCUGUAGCUCAGUGGUUAGAGCACUCGCCUUGCAAGCGAUAGCCUGGGUUUGCUUCCCGGUCAGGGUGAAACCUUGGGCAAGUUUCUUUACUCCACACCUGUUUACCAGCAAUAAGUAGGAAUCUGGUUGUUAGUCGAUUGGUGAAUCACUUUUCUGGGGAUAAUAAUUCCUUCAAAAAAAAAUUUGGUCAAUUCAUGACUGUGUGUGGGACGCUGCUGUACGCAAUUGGCUGCCGCGUUUCUCCCACAAAGUAUAGAGGUGACGUGAUAAGUUGCUAUAUCAAAUGUAAGGAUUAUUAUUAAUUAAUUAUUGGCUGUGUAUCUCUGAUGAGCAUAUCUGUUUUAGGAUUUCCUUGUUCUUGCUCAGUUUGUUGCUGAUGUCAAGGUAAAUUUGGCCCCAGCGACUCAACACCUCAUCCGGGAACUAUCCCCAGAACUGGGGUACAUGUGGUCACACCCUAAGUUAACAGCAACCACCAGCAUUUACACAGCACUCCUCAUGCAGGAUAGUGUCCCAGAGCGCUUGGCAGUGGCGGAGCACGAUGCUGUAAAUUAAGCGGUGAGUUUGCGUGUGUGUGGGAAGGGGGUUAGGUGGUAUGUUUGAUAUGUUCCUCCCCCACUCCCUCAUGACGGGCUUGCUCCCAGGCUUCCGUCACACACAGACUGACCCGGGCGGUGACAUUAGAAGCAGGUUUGCCAUGUUCUUUUGUUUAUAAAAAGAAGUUAUUUUCUAUGUGAGUGUUUUCCAAUGGAGAGCAAUCAGGGUCUGUAAACACCCGAUCUACAGACAUAACUGCACGUUACUAACAUGCUGAAGAGCAAGGCUGCAGCUUAAUAAUAAUGGUUCCUAAUGAGAGCAAGUUGACUCAAUAAACUGCGUUGUUACCUGA